ACCACACACAUACCGUACACACGACGAGGAUAGUAAUGGCUUCGGUACUAAUUCGGAACAGCCGAUCAGCGGCUAAACAGUUUAUACGAGCGUCAUCAUGUGCUCAGUAUUCAUCAGGAAACACUCCCAAGAUAACCACACAUUACACAGUCAUCCCAAGGGACACUGAUGAAAGAUGGAAAGAUGUGGAAAUGGAACGCUAUGGUGAUGAGGCUGAUGUAGUGAUAGUAGGAGGUGGACCUGCAGGGUUGUCAGCGGCGAUACGUCUGAAACAGCUCAGUCAAGAGAAAGGAACAGAUCUCAGGGUGUGCGUGGUGGAAAAAUCUGCUGAAAUAGGUGGUCACACAUUGUCUGGUGCUUGCUUGGAACCCCAUGCUUUGAAUGAACUCAUCCCAGACUGGAAGGAUAGAGGAGCACCUCUCAAGACGGAGGUGAAAGAAGAUAGGUUUUCUUUCCUCACAGAGAAAUCUCGCAUUCCAAUACCUGUGCUUCCUGGCCUACCAAUGAACAAUCAUGGUAACUACAUUGUACGUCUUGGUAACUUUGUACGUUGGCUUGGUGAACAAGCAGAGGAACUCGGUGUAGAGAUUUAUCCAGGGUAUCCAGCAAGUGAGCUGUUAUACCAUGAGGAUGGUAGUUUAAAGGGUAUAGCAACUAGUGAUGUAGGUGUGGCCAAAGAUGGCUCUCCAAAGCAAACUUUUGAGAGGGGGAUGGAACUCCAUGCGAAGGUUACAAUAUUUGGAGAAGGGUGCCAUGGACAUCUUGCCAAACAACUCUACACUCAGUUCAAUCUGAGAGAAAACUGUCAGCCACAAACCUAUGCAAUAGGCCUCAAGGAGCUAUGGGAAGUAGAUCCUAGCAAUCACCACCCUGGCAGAGUGGAACACAGUAUUGGUUGGCCAUUGAGCAAAAACACAUACGGUGGCUCCUUCAUCUACCAUCUAGACGAAGGAACACCCCUUGUAGCAGCAGGGUUUGUAAUUGGUCUGGACUACUCCAAUCCUUAUCUCAGUCCAUUCAGGGAGUUCCAGAGGUUUAAGCAUCAUCCAUCAGUCAAAGAUACCUUCCAGGGUGGAAAGAGGAUAGCAUAUGGUGCUAGGGCUCUCAAUGAAGGAGGCUUCCAGUCAAUACCCAAGUUGUCAUUUCCUGGUGGUGUUCUAAUUGGAUGUAGUCCUGGUUUCAUGAAUGUACCAAAGAUCAAGGGUACCCACAAUGCAAUGAAGAGUGGUAUGAUCGCUGCCGAGACUAUCUUUGAUCGUCUUACACAGGAAGAUGCUUCAUCUGAAACAGCAGGCAUCAAUGUGACAGAAUAUGAAGACAGGCUGAAGAGUAGUUGGGUUUGGAAGGAGUUGGUAUCUGUCAGGAAUGUACGUCCAGCUUUCAACAGUCCUCUAGGUCUCUAUGGAGGAGUCAUGUAUACAGGAAUCUUCUACUACCUUCUUAGGGGAAAGGAACCAUGGACACUCAAACACCAUGGCAAGGAUGCCGAUUCCCUGAAGCCUGCUGCUGAGUGCACCCCAAUAGAAUACCCCAAGCCAGAUAAUGAGAUCAGUUUUGAUCUUUUGAGUUCUGUCGCCCUCAGCGGUACGAACCAUGAAGGAGAUCAACCAGCCCAUCUUACACUCAAGGAUGAUAGCAUCCCAGUCAAUAGGAAUCUAGCCAUCUAUGAUGGGCCUGAACAGAGGUUCUGUCCUGCAGGUGUAUAUGAGUAUGUCCCGACAGAGGAUGGUGAUGCGAUGAGACUACAGAUCAACGCUCAGAACUGUGUCCAUUGUAAGACGUGUGACAUCAAGGAUCCUAGUCAGAACAUUAACUGGGUAGUUCCAGAAGCUGGAGGUGGACCGGCAUACAGUGGCAUGUGAUUCCAAUGCAUGUACAUCUAGCAUCACGGGAGCAUUUCAUGAAACACAUAGUCAGUGAUUUCACUGAUAAUUGUUAAAAGCUACUGAAAUCCUUGCUUCUGAUUGGCUCAGAUCAAAUGAGUCAAUGAAAACCAUUGACUAUUCGUUAAUUCAACAAUGUCUGGGGACUUUAAGUGAGAAUUCGAAAGAAAUUGCAGUGGAAAAGGCCUCUUCAUAUCGUGUUUUGUUCAACCCAGGAAAAACAGGAAACAGGUUUACAAAAGCUCUGGGAUUUUGAAGAAGUCUGAAGUGCACAGGUCAAUUGAUUGUGACAUUCACUUGUCAUUGUUUUGUAUUCAAUCAGAUGGAAUACAAGAUGCAAUUAAUUCUGGCUAGGGCAAGUGUUAUAGCUUGCCCUACUUUUAUGCAUUUCACAUAUUGAUCAUUGAAAUCUCAUUAAUAUGAAGGUUGGCAGUUUACUGAAUAAUCAGUUGAUUUGUACAUCAAAGAACUAUCGGGUAAUAUCAUGUUCUUUUUCUCUCAUUAUUCAUUUGACAAUGAGUAGCGUCCAUCUGAAAAUUUGUUGAAAAGUCCAGAGUCCAAUCUUACUGCAUUUCAUUUCAAUAAGUAGUCACAGUUUUUUUCAAAGGUGUAUGAUUGGUUCUAUCCUUGGGGGAAAAUCUUCAAUCCAACCAUCUCUUAUAGUCAUCUAAAUCUUUAUUUUACUAGUUUUAUAUGGAAGUACCAAUUUAAAUGCAAAUCAUUUGGAAUGGAAUAACUUAAGAAGGCACUAGACUGUUUGAUUUUGUAAUUCAGUUAUACACUUUUCAAAAGUUGGAGGAUAUAGGUCCAUGAACUAGUUGACAAAAAAUUGCUUGUUCCAGAGUAUGUUCAGCAAUAACCCUUCUCUUUUCAAUUAUAAAUUUAUGACAAGUUGACAAUUCUAAUGGGAUGAUUUCUGUAGCUGACAUCAGUAUAUUUGUUAUUAAUAGGAUUUAUAGAAUAGAAGGGCCAAGUGGUUUUGUACUAGGGGCAUCAAUUGAGAUCUAUCUGACAUGAGUAUUUACAGAUCUGUCUCACAAAUUUUGUUUCAUGAAGUUGUUCGGAAAUUACGAAUAGGGUGAUUCCAUACGUGUCGUACGGGACAUUUAGAGAACAUUUGACAGUUUUUUGACACGAAAAACAAAAAAUAUUCCAGUAACUAAAGGUGAUCAUCAAGUACUACCAGAGUGUUAGGAAAACCAAGACUUAACAUGACUUGAAUUCACAUCCUGUAUAAUACAGAUUUAAAAUAAAAAUGUGUCGUACGGACGCAGAAAAAGUGGCUUUUUUCGAAACCUCAAGUUUGAACUCUAAAGUCUGUGAGUUGGACAGAUAAUUUUCAUAGAAAAUGAACUCAAAUUGAUAUUUAAUUACCCAAGAACAAACACAUCUAUGAAAGAAAUCAAAAUAAACAUUCAUGAAUGAAUAAAGCAAAUUACAAUUUUCAAGAACAUUGUGGCGUACGGGACACUCAAAAUGUGUCGUACGGGACACUUGUGUGUUGAACAGGCACUUGCGUGUUGUACUGGACAGCCUGUAUAAAACAAUGAACUUUUUAUCGAUCAGAAGGGGAGCAUUGCCCCUAAAUUCUUCCUUUUUAAUGAAAAGCCUUUUAAUAAGUAGUCAUUCAGGACAAUAUAAUUAAGUAACCUCAAUAUAUACAAUCGGGAGCAAUAUAUUAUCUUUUUUUUCACGAUGGGAAAUGUACAAUGGUUCACAGCAUUUUUACGAGCUGAAAAACUUGAGGCUUGGUGAGAAGUUAUGUAUUAGUGAAUUAAUUGAUGAUUUCCAAUACACUAUUUAAACAAUGAAUGAAUGAAACUGUUUGUGUAAAUUAUGGGGCUAAAAUGUUAUGAUUUUUCAUAUAGAAUGUAUAUAUACAUGAUAUAUGUCACAACUGUCACUUGAAAUUCCACAAAAUGUUUUUUUUUUUCUAAAAUAAUGCGAUUCUACUUUUUCAAACCUUUCUGCAUUUCAUGAAACUAUAUGGUUUGUCUUUUUUUCCAGACUUUUUAUUCAACUUGAAAAAAGUAAGGAGUUUCAAUACUGUAUAUAAAAAAAUUAUUGAUCAUCAUGGGAAGUCCAAAUAGAUGAUUGAUAGGUAAAUAUUUUUUUUUACAUCUUAUAAUAAUUUCACAUUAGCAUGCAAGAGGAGGUCAUCUUCAAGGCUAGGGUGAAUCAAUUGUAAAGGUUUUCUGUUCAUGCUCAAUGACAAAGAAAUUAACCUGCUCUGACCAGUGAAAAUCACCAGUUUAGCUGAAGGGAUUCACAAAAGAAUACGCCUACAUGAAGUCAAUUAAAAUGGUUAGAAUCACCUAUUUCAUGUUCUAUGGAGAUAAAAAGGAUACUUUUCAGUUUACUUUAUGUCAAAUCAAUUACUUAAAUUAAAAUAGGCCUAAUAUUUAUUGUUUCUGAAUCCAAAUACUGCAAUUAAAUGCAGUAUAUAUUGUGUGUCGUACGGGACAACUUUUAAUAGGACAAUUAUUGAAAAAUGAAGGGCAGUAAUUAGAUCCUUAUGGGAUAAAUCAAUCACCCAUGGGUCAAAGAAAGAGAAACUGAUAUUGUGAAAUUGCAUCAUCAAAAAAAAAAAUUGUAAGAAAAACUUUUGCAUUUUCAUGUGUCGUACGGGACAUUGUCAAAAAUAGGUUCGGAAAAAUCAGGGCUGCCCCUAUUAUGAAUCAUGAAAAUUGGUGUAGAUAUUAUUUGGAACCAUCAAUAAUACAUUAUUCCAUUGACCCGCAUUAUUUUCAAUCUUCUCGUGCUUUGCCAGUAUUGAGUAAUCGUUUCAGGGGGCAGUGUUUGUACUAGACUAUUUAUUUAGCAAAAUUAUUGAAAAUUGAAAAUUCCAUUGUUUCCCCCCCAAAAAAAACUAUAUCUGACUUCACUUUUGGUUAAAACUCAUAAUUUUCCUAAAAUUCAGGUAUCAUAGUAAAAUAUUACACUACUUAUGAAUUAUUGAAAGCAUGUUGAAAUUUAUGAUAUUUUUGAAGUUCUAGUGUGGAAUCACCCAAUAGCUUUAUGCAGGACUCUUGACCCUUUCUACUGCUGUAUGAGAUAUCCAUAUGUAGCAGGCUUAGCACCUCUAAGAACAUGUUCCAGCUGUACGUUAAGUCAUGCAUGAAUUUGUGUGUUACUUACAAACAGCUUUAUGAAACACCCACUUGUUAUAUGAGAAUAUAAGUAGUUUACACUGCAUAGCAAGUUUCUUUCUCAAAUGAUAAAAUUUAUUCUUUUGACAUACAUGUACAUGUAACACUCGUACUUGAAAUCCUUAGACCUUUAGUAAUGUAUUUCAUAUUAAGUGCAUGAAAUUUGAAUACCGGUAAGUAAUCCUAAACUUGUGUAUUGUGACAGGAAUUAGGGAGGACUUGUGUAUCAUCAUGAAGAACAUGGGCACCGUUGUAAUGUAUUCUUGCAAAACGCACAAUUUGUUUAAUGUAUUUUGAAGCCGUUAUGGAGUUAAUGUCUUUAUGACUUUUAAUGUAAUAGUGAUUGCAUGAAUGUUAUUCAUGGACCAUUGUAUAUAAAUUCAAAGAAGUUAUAUGUUUUGUGCACUUAUGAUUCAAUGAGAAAUCAAAUAUAUAAUGUAUAGCUGUAUCAUACUAAAAUGAUUGUUUGAAGGCAAUAAAGCUGUUUCACCUGAUUAAA